AUGGUGAAGCCAGUCCUCCUUGCAGUGUCUUUGUUCUUGACUGGUGUCGUCGCUCACCCCUUCCGGACUGACGUCGAGCGCCCUGCCGCUGCUAACAUCCAGAGGCGUACCGUUGACUUGAACAAGUUCAGGCUCCCAGCUAAGGCCCAGUACACCCAGAACGAGAAGGUUCGGGAGGAAAACAUCAAUGGGAGCAUACAGAAACGAGCAGACGCGGUAGAGACUGCGACGGAACUUGUCAAGAAGACAUUUCCUGACGCCUCCUUCCGUGUAGUCCCUGACUACUACACUGGUGACAGUGGCAUCACACACAUCCACGUCAGGCAGACUGCUCAUGAUCUAGACAUCGACAAUGCUGACUUCAACAUCAACAUCGCUAAGGAUGGAUCCAUUCUAUCGUUUGGACACUCCUUUUUCCAAGGUGACAUCCCUGCUGAGAGUCCACUUCAGAAGCGUGAUUUCGUGGAUGCUGUGUCCGCGUUGACUGGCGCAAACAAUGUUCUACAGUUGUCCGUCGAUGCUUCAUCUGCUACCGCUGAAGCUCAACAAGAAAAGGAGACCUACACUAUCAAAGGCAGCUCUGGUGCUGUAUCAGAUCCCAUCUCCAAGCUCGUCUACUUCCAGGGUGAGGAUGGUUCCCUAAAGCUGACAUGGAGAGUGGAGACGGAUAUCUAUGAUAAUUGGCUACUCUCCUACGUCGAUGCUCAGAACACCGAACGGGUGCACGGUGUCGCGGACUACGUUGCUGAUGCCACUUACAACGUAUACCCAUGGACUGUCAAUGACCCUACCAAGGGGUCACGUACACUUGUCAAAGAUCCUGCUGAUGGUACCGCCUCUGAAUUUGGGUGGCACAGUACUGGUUCUACCUCCUACACCACUACUCGUGGCAACAAUGCCAUUGCUCAGGUGAACUAUGAGGGUGAUACCUCCUACUUGAAUGAUCCACGCCCGGACGGCAGCAGCUCCUUGACCUUUGACUUCCCAUACUCUCUUCAGGAGACAGACAACAAGGUGUACCAAAACGCCUCAGUCACGCAGCUGUUCUACACGGCUAAUCGUUACCACGAUUUGCUUUACCAACUCGGGUUCACUGAGAAGGCGGGUAACUUUGAGAGCAAUAACAACAAUCAAGGUGGAAGCGGUAAUGACUUUGUCAUUCUCAACGCCCAGGACGGAUCGGGAACCAACAAUGCUAACUUUGCCACCCCUCCCGAUGGCCAAAAUGGUCGCAUGCGCAUGUACAUGUGGACCAGCACAACUCCAAACCGGGACUGCUCCUUCGAGGCCGGUGUCGUCCUUCACGAGUACACACAUGGUCUAUCUAACAGGUUAACUGGCGGCCCAGCAAACUCAAAUUGCCUCAGCGCCACCGAAGCUGGCGGUAUGGGCGAGGGCUGGAGUGACUUUUACGCUCUUGCAAUCGACACCAAGACGUCCGACAGCCGCAGCACCAACAUGCCGCUCGGUGCUUGGGUCAGUGGCAAGGCAAAUGGUAUCCGUCAAUACCUCUACUCAACCUCUCUCUCUACCAAUCCUCUCACCUACAAGUCCUUGAACAGCCAGAAUGAAGUCCACGCCAUCGGGACCACCUGGGCAACAAUCCUUUACGAGGUCAUGUGGAACUUGAUCGAUAAGCAUGGUAACACCGCUAGCCAGACACCAGUCUACUCCAACGGCGUGCCCACCGACGGCCGAUAUCUGAGCAUGAAGCUCGUCCUUGACGGUAUGGCACUCCAACCUUGCAAUCCAAAUUUUGUCCAGGCUCGUGAUGCCAUCAUCGACGCUGACGCCAACCUUACCGGUGGCUCCAAUAAAUGCGACCUUUGGAAGGCAUUCGCCAAGCGUGGUCUCGGUGUCAAUGCAUCGCGCGGUACUGGCACCAACCGUGUUGAAGACUACACUCUCCCGUCAGGCUGUUAA